UUCGCAACACCGUGCGCCCUUGGUGUACUCCAGGUGAUGCGGUCAUGUCAAAGUUUAUAAUCGAUAGCAUGCUACCGAAAUACGCCCAGUUCCAGCCGUUCAUUAGCUCUCAGAUCUCAUCACAGUCCAUUUCCAACUCGAAUUCGACAGUGUCGCAAACGCCAAACUCGGAAGGCAGUCCAUUGACCACCGGCAGUGAAGGCAGCCCAAACUCACCGCCAACCAGCAAAAUGUAUCCUUUUGUCUCAAACCACCCAACUACGCACACUAGCUACUCGACGAUGCCGGGCUUCUCGGGUUUAGAUGAUAAAUCGUGCAGUAGUAGGUAUACCGAAAGUGUGAUGAACAGUUACCCACCGAUGGGAGUUCCAGGUAGCGCCAGUAUCGCACAGUUCUACCAACAGGCAGCUGCAGUGUCGGCCGCGUCCGCAGGAGUUGGCGUCGACUCGUUGGGGUCAGCCUGUUCGCAGCUUUCUUCGUCCGUCGGCGGGGGACAGUCUGGACUGCCAGAUAUAACUCGUCAUCCGUGGCUAGUGACUGCAUCGCAAUCAGCUCUUCAGAAAUUUGCAAGUACAGAUUGGAUGAGUAACCCGUUUGAUCGAGUAGUUUGUGGUGACUUUGCUGGUCCCAACGGAUGUCCCCGCCGGCGCGGUCGUCAAACCUACACACGGUUUCAGACACUUGAGCUGGAGAAGGAAUUCCAUUUCAAUCACUAUCUCACCCGCCGACGAAGAAUCGAAAUUGCGCAUGCCCUGUGUCUAACGGAGCGACAGAUUAAAAUCUGGUUCCAAAACCGUCGAAUGAAAUUAAAGAAAGAGCUUCGUGCAGUCAAAGAAAUCAACGAACAGGCCCGACGUGAGCGCGAGGAACAAGACAAAAUGAAAAACGAAUCGCUUAAAUCCGCCCAACAGCAUCACAGCCAAAAGCAAGGCCAGCAAGAACACACAAUUGUUGGCUCUCAGCAAAGCAGUAACGGUGCUGGAACAGGCGGUGGAGCUGGCGGUGGCGGUGGUGGUGUUGGAAGCGGCGGCAGUACUGGAAACCUCGGAAGCCACCUGCACCAUCCGUCAAUCGUUUCGCAAAACGAUCUGAAACUUGGACUUGGCGGAAUGGGUGUUGGCGUCGGAGGGAAUCUCAGUAUGAUGGGAGGUCUGGAUAAUAAAACGAAUCAAGACAUCCUGAAAGCACACAAACUUGAAUACUAGCUAUGACUGGUUUGAUUUAGAGUAUUGUUAUAAACACACACACACAGACA